UAUGGGUUUGGCAACUAGUUGUAUGGUUAGAAAUAGAAGAAUACGAUCGGAGUAUGAAAAUGAAAUUUAUUUAAAUAAGCCUAGCGACAGCGAUGAUAAUUCAUUAGAAGAAUAUGAUAUUGAAUAUUACGAGGAAACGAAAUGCGCAUUCAAGAGAAGAAUGGUACAAGCUUUAAAUUGGAGAAGAGAAGAUUGGAUAAGAAGUUAUGGUGGUGAAUUGGUUGAUAAUCUUAUAUUUUUAGAGUUUAUUUGCAAUUGGAAGAAAAAUUCAAUACCCUUGGAAGUAAUUUAUGCAGAUGAAGAUAUAUUUGAAGACUUACCAGAGUUAUUUAUUAAGUUAAUUAACGUUUGUUUACUAUCUGAGGAAGUGUACAUUUAUCCAUUAUGGGAUUUUGGUAUUUUUCUUCAAAAAGGUACCAGCGUUUCGUCGGAAUUUGGUAGAUUACUCUAUGAUCAACAAUGCGUUGAAUUUCUUAUAAAAACAGUACUUCCUCAUCAUAAACUUGCAAUCGGAUCUUUUGAAGAUGACGUUGAACCUUGUGGAUUUUUGAUAAUACUUUUCUAUAUAAGAGCUAUUCAUAAUAUUGUUAUGUUACACGAUGAUUUAAGAAUGCCUGUUAGAGAUAUUGGCGCACUUGACGAGAUAAGUAAGAAACUUGACCCGCUAAAAAGAAUUAACUACGAUAAUAGCGAUGAACUAAAAUUAUUUGAAGCAAUUAGUAAAAUGACAUUAUCUUAUUUAAUAAAAGAGGGAGAAGAUGAUCGUUUUCUAACAAAUGCUAAUAGUCUUUGUUUCAUACUGAAAAAUCUUAUUGAAAUAGAGAAAAGUUCUCAUUAUAAUGCGCUAAGCAAAGAUGAGAAAUUAAUUAAAGAAUCAUUUUAUAUCGAAGCAGACGAAAUACUCUUUUCAAUUAAUCAAAUAGCACAAAAUGAGAAAUACGACGAAUUAUUCUCAGAAUUAAUUCCAGCUUUAUAUAGAUUCAUUAAAGAUACUACGAAAAUAAGAGACAAGAAAUUAGCAUUAGAUUGCUUAUGGACUCUAUCCUUUUACGAAAAUUCUAAAAAGGUAUUCAAGAGUCAAAAACUUUGUGAAAAAUUGCAUAAAAUCUCAAGGAAAGCCUCAAAUGUUACUGUUCAAAAAUCUGCUGAACGAAUUGUUAGAGAACUUAGUAAGAAAAAUCGUGCUAGUGAAAGUAGUUCAUUGUCUAAGCACAACGGAAGCUUAACCUAUUAA